CUCGUGCAUUGCACUGGCCCUUUAAGAGCAGAUGAAAAGGCGUUUGAGUCAUCUGGGUGAAAGAGGAAAAGGAGGAGAGGAAAGGCAAGUGGGCCGAAUGGGGGAGGCGCUCUGACAUUUGCCGCCGGUGACUCGGCCAGGGGCUCAAGAGCGUACUCGAGGGAGGACUGUCCAUCCUGCUGCGUGACAAACGUAACAAGCAAAAAGUUUGCUGCUUUUAACACGUUUUCUGAUUCAAUUGCCCCUCGAAAGCGCGGCAAUGGAGGAGCGCGUCGCCGUGACAACGGUGCUCGCCGGGACCGUCCUGGCGCUUCCCGUCUUGGCUGUCUUCACCACCGUGUGGCUGUGGCCCGCGACGAUCAUCCGGGGUUAUAACUGGUUGGUGCGUCUCAAACUGGGUCUGGUGGUCCGCUACUCGUACUACGGUGGCUACCGUUUUUGCUAUUUCACCCGAGGGACGCCAGGGGGCGCUAUACCUUCCAUACUGCUUCUGCACGGCUUCUCCGCCUCCAAAGACAUGUGGUUGCCCUUAGUGAAGUACAUCCCUGUUGAGCAGCACAUAGUGUGCGUAGACAUGCCAGGCCACGAGGGGACCAGUCGCACCGGGUCCGAGGACUACAGCAUUCGGGGUCAGGUUGCCCGAAUCCACCAGUUUGUGCAGAGCGUGGGCCUGGACAAAAGACCCUUUCACCUGGUGGGAACAUCCAUGGGGGGCAACGUUGCCGGCGUGUACGCCGCCACCUACCCCGCGUACCUGUCCGGCGUCACCUUGAUGUGCCCUUCAGGUUUGGUGUACCCCACCGACUCGGAGUUCAUCGUCCGUCUGAGGGAGUUGGAGAAGAACCCCGAGGGGUCGCCCAUCCCCCUGAUUCCGUCAAACGCCCGAGAGCUGGAGGACAUGUUGAGCCUGUGCUGCCAUAAGCCCCCCAAGCUGCCUCGGCAGGUCCUGCGCGGCCUCCUGGACAACAGGAUCCGCCACAACCACUUUUACAAAGAACUGUUCAUGGAGCUGGUGGAGGAAACGUCCCGCCACUCGCUGCAAGAAAGUCUGCAUUUGAUCACGUCGCCCCUGCAAGUCCUUUGGGGGAAGCAAGACCAGGUUCUGGAUGUUUCCGGGGCGUCGGCGAUGAAGGCGGCGGUGCCCCACGGCGAGCUGUUUCUUCUGGACGACUGCGGCCACACCAUCGCGCUCGAGAGGCCCAGGAAGGCCGCGCAGCUCAUCAUGGACUUCCUGUUUACGCAGGAAGCUCAAAACAAAGACGGGAAGGAAAAACUGUCAUGAACCAAAGAUUGAGAACUCUGGAAUAAAAAUGAUAUAGCUGAUAUAAUUUGUUAUAAAUACACGAUUGCGAUGAAAGAUGUGCUUCUACAUCUAUGAUACUGUACUGUGUAUUAGAACUGUUCGUGAUGUUAUAUUAAUUAAUAUUUUAAAGGUUUUAAUGCAUUUCUUGCUGAGUUUGUUGUGAUCUUUGUGUUCCUUUUCCAGAUAGCAAAGCAGAUAUUUAAGCCUCAACAAAAGCACUUAUAAGUGAUUCAGUUGUCUUGUGUAUUUGUUUUGAAUGCAACUACUGAAGCAUUUCAAUGACUGUCAUAUUCAAGUGUCUCUUGAGUUAUCAAAUACUGUUUAUGAGCAGAAAAAAAUGUUCAUAACUGCAUUAAAGGGCAAGAAUUUAAUUUGC